CAGGCCUCCAAGAUGAUCAACGCCGUCCUGGUGUUCAACAACAACGGUCAACCCCGUCUGACCAAGUUCUAUACUCAAAUUGACACCCAAACCAAACAGACCCUCAUCACCCAGAUCUACAACCUGGUCUCUCAGCGCCCCCCAAGCGCCUGCAACUUCCUGCCCCUCCCGCCGCUGCUCUCGCGCGGGGCCAGCGCCAGUGCCGCCAACGGGCCCUCGGACGCGCCCACCCAGAUCACCUACCGCACCUACGCCACCCUCUCCUUCAUCAUGAUCUCGACCUCGACCGAAUCGCCCCUGGCGCUGAUCGAUCUGAUUCAGGUCUUCGUCGAGGCCCUGGACCGCAUGUUUGAGAACGUCUGCGAGCUGGAUCUCAUCUUCGGGUACGAGACCAUGCACGCGGUGCUGGGCGAGAUGAUUGUCGGCGGCGUGGUCGUCGAGACCAACAUCGAGAAGAUCGUGGCUGGCGUGAAGAGCCAGGAGGGCCAGCUGGGGAAGAAGCGGGCUAUUCAGGCCGCCAGUUCGGGGCUUGGGAGGGGUGGGUUGCCUGGGCUGGGUGGGUGGCGGUAGAAUCCAGUUACUCUAUACGGUGAUAGACCGUAGGAAAGGGAAGGAAGGGCUAUGCAUCAAGCGAUGUCUGAUACCACAGUAAGGAUGAGAUGAGACUCUCAUGUGUAAUGAUUUUCUUUGGCUGUAUACGGUUUGGUUAUUUUGUAUGCGCAUACAGGGUUGUUCUGUUGAUGGCGUUGGGGUAAUGUGAUUAGACUAGACCUGGCUUAUUCCUGAUUAGAGGCAACCAGUGACUCGGCAGACAAUCUAC